AUGUAUACAUUCCACACUAUUGGAAGCAGAAAACCUUUUUUUGUCAGCAGAGAUAGCCUUUCAUCCAGCAGCGAAAGUGAGGAUGAAAAAUUGUAUUAUGCUGUUACAUAUCCGAGGACCCGUGCUAAAACUAUUGUCAGCACAAAAUGUCUUGCUGACAGCAGAAACAGUAUUGAUUCCAGCAGCGAUAGUGUGGAUGAAAAAUGGUAUUCUGAUGUGACAGUUCCAAGGAAAUGCAAAGUUCAUAUAGAAACUGAAACGGUUGGAGAAAGUUCACGUGGACGAAACUUACAGAGAAAAAAUACUCCUUUGAGCGUAAGUUCAACAUCAGGACUUCAAGUCCACACAUCCCACAGAUCUACUGAAAACAGUCUUUCAUCCCAAUCUGCAAUAACACGUAAUCAAAGUGUUGUCGUGAAUGUUGAAAAUGAAGUUGACGGGAAUCUAAAACAAGAAAGACGGACUCGAAAGUCAAGGACGAGAUCAAGUGUUAGGUCCCACUCUAGUAAAAGUAACUCUCAAGUAUUGGACUUGCAUGAACUUAGGGUGAGGGCGGCUAUGGCGACGUUUACAACAUUUUUGAAAGAAAAGGAAUCCGAAUAUAACGUGAGCAAAAGACAUUAAUACAGAUAUGUUUCGGUGAUAACUGGCAGGGGUUUACAUAGCAAAGAUGGUAUCGCGAAAAUUAAGCCGGCAGUUCAAGCUUAUCUAAAUCAACAUAAUUAUAU